AUGGACGACGCGAAGCUUGCCAGAUUGUUUAGAGACUGUCCCUCUAAAAGUGUAAUCUUGAUCGAAGAUAUCGAUUGUAUUUUCCCCAGAAGGCGUAAUUACCAUAUACACUCUUCUGAAGUAGACGACGAAGACGGACAAGGUGAAGGUACCAUAGAAGAAGAGGUAUACGAAGCUGAAUUAGAACCGCAAACAGCUAUUGCAGCAGUCGGAGGGGGAGGAGGAAGGGGUAAACAUGACUUGGCACCUUCUACCGUUACAAUGUCGGGAUUGUUGAAUGCCAUUGAUGGAGUGUCGAGUCAAGAAAAUUGUGUUUCAGUAGCUACAACUAAUCACCCAAACCGACUUGAUCCUGCAUUAUCUCGGGCAGGAAGGCCAGAGAACUGUUUUUGCAUUUUUUUCCCUUUGGAAGAUUUCCAAGAUCACUCCUCUUCGACCUCAUCGCAAGCUGAUUUCAAAGAUGAAGAUGAACAAACUACCAAGAUCAAAAACUCAGAAAAGGUUCAAACCGAUAAUGAGGAUAUACCAAUACUUAUCAAAGAUCAACAAGAACUUGAAAAUCUGGCGGAUAAAUUCGUUAAGAGCAUCUUUGAUGAUUUCCAUGUUCAAAAUCAGCAGCUUGAGAUUCGAGUAUCUGACAAGAUGGAUGGUUAUAAUGGUGAUCAGAAGACAAAAUCGACCUGGUCAGAAAGCGACAAGAGCGAAAACCCAAAGACUUCGAUAUCAAUAUCAAUGGCAUCUCUUCAAUCAUACUUACUUCAAUAUAAAGGAGAUCCGAUCUCAGCUUGUGAUAACCAAAAUAUCGAGAAGUGGUUGGAAGAUGAGAAAGCUGUAAAAGCAAAUGGAAUUGGUAAGUCCAACUUCGAAAGCUUGCAGGGAGGAGGAAAGAAAGAUGAAGAUCUCAAAUUCGAACUUGAAAAUUCUUCAACAGCCAGAAUGAAACGAAGUCAUACAAAAACGAGUAAAAGCAAGUUCAAGUCUGUUCAAGAGGAAAAAAAGAAGAAGAAGGACGAUGAGGAUGAGAGAGGGGAUAUCAAUGAGAAAGUUAAGAUUGAUCCAGGUCAAGGUAAUGAUGAUAAGGAAGAUAUCGUUGAAACCAACGAUGAAAAUAACUCUGGCAAUGGAGUCAAGUCGGAUUGA